AUGGCCCCCCAGAAGCAGUCCCGCAAGAUCACCAUCGCCGGCACCGGCAACGUGGGCUCCCAGAUCCUCAGCGCCCUGCUGGCGCAGGGUAUCCACGAGGUCAGCGUCAUCACCCGCACCGAGUCCAAGUCCACCUUCCCCGAGGGCGUGCACAAGGUCCACCGCGGCUCCUACGACGACGAGGCCUUCCUCGUCGCCGCCCUGCAGGGCCAGGACGUCCUCGUCACGCCCAUCAGCUGGGCCGCCGUCGACACCCAGGUGGCCCUCUUCAAGGCGGCCGCCAAGGCCGGCGUCCCCUACGUGCUGCCCGACGAGUUUGGCUCGGACAAUGACAACGAGAAGCUGCGCUCGCAGCUGGGCGCCCUCCUGGGGCCCAAGGACAAGUACCGCGCGCUGGUCGAGGAGCUCGGCGUCAGCGCCUGGAUCGGCGUCAUCACCAACCCCUGGAUCGACUUCCUCGUGCCCAUGUUCUGGCCCGGCAACUUCAAGGAGCGCACGGCCGUCCUCUACGGCGAGGGCGACACCAAGGCCAACUUCUCCACGCGCGCCGACGUCGGCAAGGGCGUCGCGGCGCUGCUGAGCCUGCCCGAGGCGGAGCUGGCCCAGUACAAGAACAAGUACGUCCACCUGAGCUCGUUCCACGUCACUCAGCGCGAGGUACUGGAGAGCGCGAUGCGCGCUACGGGCACGAAGGAGGCCGACUGGACGAUCGAGAAGGUGGACCUGGAGGAGCAGCUCAAAACCGCGUCGGGAGAGGCCAGGAAGGGCAACAUGAUGGCUGCCGUGACCGAGCUGAUAGGAAACACAUUUCGGCCGGGAUACGGAGGGGACUACCAGCACAAGGUCGUCGACUAUGACCACCUCGGCGUGCAGACGGAGAAGCUGGACGAUGUUAUGAAGCGUGUGCUUGCCUAG